CUGACGAUGAGGAUAUGUCAUGAUGCAGAGUCCUUGUAUUAUCACUGUUGCUUUCGUUUAAAUUGGCAUCUAUCGAACCCGCGGUACUUGGAGCUCGGGAUCGCUUCAUGUAAAUAUAUAUAUCUUGUACCAUACUAUUCCGAAGCGAUUAUUAUUAUGUAGCUCAGCUGCCAGCUAGAAAGGAGUACCAAGAAGUCGCUUAAUGUAGAUGUAGUACUUUCUUAUUGCCGUCGUGACCCCGGCUUCAAUUAUAUCUCCAACUUACCGAGUAACGGUCGCCGAUCUCGAGGAUGCCCCCUCGGUCCCGCAACUUAUGCCAAGUCUGUCACGAAACUGAAUCAAAGUAUACUUGCGCAAAAUGCAGAACAACCGUCUACUGCUCCGUAGGAUGCUACAAACUCCAUAAAGAAUCUUGCGGCUCUGCUGAAACCCCAGCUGUGACCCGCGAAGCACCACCAUCAUCUGCAGAAAUCGCAGAAGAUGGAGUGACGCUCGAUGAUCCAAAGCCACCCCGCUCUCUCACUUCUCUCAAUUGGCCUUACGUGCCUGAAGAAUCAGCAUAUCCCGACCCAUUGAAACGUGAUGACCCAAGGCCAUUGCAAGUCCACCAGUACGAAGCCAUCGCUACUUCCGCUGCUGUGCGUCGUGCGCUGGAGUCAAAUCCUCGUCUGCCAGGGCUUCUUACUUCCAUAGACAAGCUAAGAGGUGCAGAUAGAGAGGAUGCUUUAAAUCGCGCUCUUGGAGUUGACUCUAGGCAGCUCAAGAAUGAUUUAUUGCGUCCUCAAGAGUUAGAUGAAGACACUAGGGCACUGAGACAGCUCGCAGAAGCUGUGGAAGCUGCUGCGCGAGGGGGAAAGGAAGGGGUGCUAGGUCUUGACUGGGACGAAUAAGCAACGGAAUCAAAAUGCCAGAGCAGAAAUGCAUGCACAGGAAAAAACCUCCAAGACACUGACAAGAUAGCAAUGCAAGUCUAACAAACCCAUCCCUUGCACUUCACUUGACCCCUAAAAACAACAGUCCCCUCUUCGCCUUUUCAACCUCCUCCUCUAGUUCGCGCCCAUCACUAGCUGUCCACCAAUCUGCCUUGUCGAUAUCUUCGACCUUUUUGCCACUCCUAAUAGCAGACUCGAAUG